AUGUCGGCAAAAGACGCAGGCUUGAUCGGCCCGAUGCGCAAGCAGCAGGAGCUGUCGGCGCAGCUGCAGGAGCUGGGGGAGGAGGGGUUGGAGGAGCGGCUCCAAUCUGCCACCCAGCGCCCAGCCCGCCCAGCCCACCGCCUCACACAGCUGGUGGCGGAUGUGCUGCCAACCGGACGCCCGGUUCUAGUGCUGGAGCUGAGCAGAGGCGGCGAUGCCACGGCCACCUCAGAGCAGCUCGGCGAGCUAGCAGCACGGCUGGUGGCAGCUGGUGCGGAUGCACUGGCUGUAAAAACCGAUGCGGAAGACACGGCCGAGCCUCUCAAGGAUCUGCUGACUGUGACGCAGAGCGCGCUGGCGGCCAGCCGGCGGUGCGUGGGGGCGGGCCUGAUAGCGGCAGAGGCGGCAGUGCCGCCGCCGGUGCUGCAGCGCGACUGGUUCAUCCACCCAUUACAGAUAGCCAAUGCCAAGGAGGCGGGCGCGGCAGGGGUCAUCGAGACAAUAGCGUCAGUCACCAGCCGAGGGACGCCGCUCAUGAGCAGCUUUUCCUCUGCAAUUGGGCUGGACUGCCCGGUGGAGAUAGAGCUGCGGGCUCUGGAGCCCUACCAGAUGCCAUGGUUUGGCCUCAACCUGAGCGUGGGCUUGUCAGUCAGCAUCACCGGCUUUGGGCUGCAGGUGGCCACAGGGCUCCUCGGGGAGAUGCCGUUUGGAGCCAUCAGCAUGGUUGGCGCACGCAGCAUCGAGGAGGCGCGGCAGGCGCGGGCUGCGGGCGCGGAUUGUGUCCUGGUGAAGUGGGAGCUGGUGCAGCUGUAUGCGCCAGACCGCCUGGGCGUGCUGGUGGAAGCGCUGCAGGAUGCCACCUGCGGCGACGACUGA